CGUAACCCGUAGAAUGACGUCAUUGACGUCAAGCGUGACCAUCUUUUUUUAUUUGCGCUGUAUAGUAUACGAAUCAGCUCCGCUUCUUGUUUGAUUCCGAGUUCCAGAUAUUAAAUAUUUAGUUCUCCCCGAUAUUUGUGCCUUUUUUUUGUACGACGAAAUAAUCAACGAGGAAGGAUGGCUCUGCACGUACCCAAGGCCCCGGGCAUGGCUCAGAUGCUCAAGGAUGGUGCACGUUACUUUUCUGGACUGGAAGAAGCUGUCUAUCGUAAUAUCACAGCCUGUAAGGAGUUUGCACAGACCGUGCGCACAGCUUAUGGACCCAAUGGGAUGAACAAAAUGGUGAUAAAUCACUUGGAAAAGUUGUUUGUCACAAGUGAUGCAGCAACUAUCAUUAGAGAGUUGGAUGUGGAACAUCCAGCAGCAAAGCUGUUGGUUCUGGCAUCAGAGAUGCAAGAGUCUGAAGUCGGAGAUGGCACAAAUUUCGUUAUUAUAUUUGCCGGAGCUCUGCUGGAACACGCUGAAGAGCUUCUGAGAUUGGGAAUCACUACUACAGAAAUUGUUGAAGGAUACGAACUUGCUCUGGAAAAAGCCUUAGAACUUUUACCAAAGUUAGUAAUCAGGGAAGUUAAGGACUGGCAAGAUAUCAGUCAAAUUGAGGAUGUUAUGAAAACUUCCAUCAUGAGCAAACAGUAUGGCAAAGAAGAUCUCAUUGCAAAUCUCGUUUGUAAAGCCUGCUCUUCCAUUUUGCCUGCAGAUGCUAUUAAAAAAAAUGUUACAUUUAACGUAGACAACGUGAGAGUUUGCAAAAUUUUGGGCUCUGGGUUGCAUUCUUCACAGGUCAUUCAAGGAAUGGUUUUCAAGAGACAAGUAGAAGGAGACAUUACAAAGGUGGAAAAAGCUAAAGUUGCCGUCUAUACAUGCCCGGUAGACAUUAUGCAAACAGAAACAAAAGGAACAGUUCUUAUCAAGUCUGCUAAUGAGUUGUUGAACUUUUCGAGAGGUGAAGAAUCUUUAUUGGAAUCGCAAAUUAAAGCUAUUGCAGAUUCUGGUGCCACAGUUAUUGUUUCUGGUGGUAAAUUCGGAGAUAUGGCCCUUUACUAUGUUAACAAGUACAAUCUGAUGGCCGUACGCCUCCCUAGCAAGUUCGACUUAAGACGCCUUUGUCGAGCCGUUAAGGCUGUAGCUUUGACGAAGUUGAAUCCGCCAACCAAAGAAGAGCUGGGGUAUGCAGAUUCCGUUCAUGUAGAUGAACUUGGCGAUACGAGCAUAGUAGUUUUUCAAAAUCAAGAUCAAGAAAGUCGCAUUAGCACAAUCGUUGUUCGAGGUUCUACUGAUAAUUACAUGGAUGACAUUGAAAGGGCAAUCGAUGACGGAGUUAAUACUUUCAAAGCCAUCACAAAGAAUGGUAAUAUUGUUCCUGGUGGAGGUGCUACUGAAAUUGAACUAGCAUCUAAAAUUGCUUCAUAUGGAGAUACCAUCCCUGGCUUAGAACAAUAUGCUGUACGCAAAUUUGCCGUAGCUCUAGAAGUUUUUCCUAAAACUCUUUCUGAUAACAGUGGAACUCACUCUUCUGGAAUAAUUUCGAAACUGUAUGCUGCUCACAAGGAGGGGAAAAUAAAUCAUGGCUUCAAUAUUGAUGGCACAGGAGAAGAAAGUGUUAUUGAUGUCGAAAAGGCAGGUAUUCUUGAUUUGUAUCUAACAAAGUACUGGGCCCUUAAGUACGCGACCAACGCUGCAUGUACUAUCCUCAAAAUUGAUCAAAUUAUCAUGGCAAAGAGAGCUGGUGGUCCAAAACCAAAGCAAAACUCUCACAGUGACGAUGAAUCAUAAAAAAAUAUUAAGUUUAUCAAUGAAUAAAUGCAUUUUGUAUUUUGCUAAUACUUGAACUAACUUUUGUUUUGCACCAUUAUAAAAAGGCUCGUUUGAAUAAAAAAAACAACUAUUUAUAUACAUUUAAAAUUUAUUUAUGUACA